UGUAACUUUAGCCUGGUGACCGGCUCACCCUAGCGAUACAUAUCUCGUUAUUGUGACCGUUAGCCAGUUCUGGACACUCGUUUAUUAAAAGUACAAUUUUAAAUAUUUAUAUGAGUUUUCGUCGUUAGUGAUGGAAUAACCUACAAACCCUCUGAAUACAGCAUUUCGGCAGAACUUACAGCAUUUCUGAUCAAUGAUGAAAAUGGUGGCGUCUAGUAUUACCACUACGUUGUUGAUCUUAGCCCUAUGGGUAACUGUUUUACACGGAGUGGAAGUUGAUGUCGAAAUUACAUGUAAUAAACCGUGUCUACACGGUGGUGAGUGUGUGUUAUCACCUGAUUUGUGUUCCGGCUUUAAACAAACAUGUGCCUGUCCACCAUCUUAUACUGGGGAAUUCUGUGAAAAGGUCAUACUCAAAGUAAAUUGUGAUAAAGCUUGUGAGAAUGGCGGUCAGUGUGUAGUCAAAGUAACGGAAAAUACCUGCACAACUGUUAACAAAACCUGUGUCUGCCCACAAAACUAUCAUGGAGAUUUGUGUCAAACAUUUGUUCCAACUAGAGCUUCUACGGCUUCAUGUGACCCUCCUUGUACGACAGGCCAGGGCGAAUGUGUUGUCCUUCGAAAUUCACAGUUAGCACCUCACUUGACUGAUCGAGCCUACUGUAACUGUACAACGGCAGUAACAGGAUAUUACUAUGGAAACCAAUGUCAACAUCAUCAACAAAAAGUACCCUGUGACCCACCAUGUAAAAAUGGCGGCGUGUGUACUGUUACUGGUAGGUGUAAUUGUCAAGGAACUUCUAGGGGUGAUUACGAUCCAGGAGACUGUAGCAUGUUUUCCACAGAUCAAUGUAAUCCUGCCUGUGAGAAUGGUGGAUCCUGCCUGGGUGGUGUCUGUCAAUGUAAAUCCACGAACGAAUGGGAUUACAGCGGUUCGCAUUGUGAACAGGCUGUUCAAUGUGCCCCGGCUUGUGUUCAUGGAGUGUGUUAUAGCUUUGGUGAUAACUAUAGUUAUUGCAGAUGUGAUUCAAACUCAACAGGAACAUAUGAAGGAUCGACUUGUGAUAUCUUUACAGCCCCUCAAUGUACCCCGGCUUGUGUUCAUGGAGUGUGUAUCGAUGGUUAUUGCACUUGUGAUUCAAAUUCAACAGGGAGAUAUGAAGGACCGGCUUGUGACAUCUUUACAGUCAGUGCGUGUAGUGAACUUUGUGAAAAUGGCGCCACGUGUGGAGUAUAUAAUAAUGAGUGCCAGUGUAAAUCCAAUGCAACCCAUGAUACAUCGGGACCGACGUGUUCACAGGUGUCAGAAUGUGUCGGUGGUUGUUUAAAUGGAACUUAUUGUUAUAUUUAUAAUUUAUUAGAAUGUGUCGGUGGUUGUUUAAAUGGAACUUAUUGGCUGUGA